AUGUCUACUGUCACUCCGACUCCGGUGCCGGCCCCACGCAGAGUGUAUAGGAUGUGCCUUGAAUCAGACCUGUACAUCCGGGUGCAGAACGGAACGGACUCAGAGGACUUCCUAGCGUCAAGCCAGGUGUUGAAGAAGACUUCUCGCUAUUUCGCCGCACUUCUCAGCCCUCGCUGGAGUGACAGAGCCAGCUACACCGCGGAUGAUCCCCUGGUCUUAAACGAGGACGAGCCUCACCUUAUGAGAGCCUUUUUAGGAAUUGUGCAUGGCUUGAGGCCGCUUCCACCGCGGCUCUGGCCAGUUUUGCAGCUAAAGGGCCUCGAGGAUUUGACAAAGGUGUUCGACAAAUACAUGUAUGACGGGCCAGUCCCGGCAUGGCUCAGCUUCAUCUUGGAAUCGUUUCUCCUCCCUGACAAUUUCGUGCAGCACCCGAUCCAGACGACCAUAACCAUGGCUAGCACAAAGAAGAUUGUCUCCGUCCUGGUAAUGGCAACCAUCCUCAACCUCCCGCACAUUUUUUGCAGAGCCUCCCGUCAGUUGAUGUGGGUUGCCCCACCCUCCUUGCUACAGGAAUGUCUUAAAGACGAAGUCAAGGGUCUCAUGCCGCAAUUUCAGUCCGAAUGCCAGCGCAUGCGUUCGUUUCUUGUCACCAAGCUGCCCAAUCUGCUCUUCCCGGACCCCCAUGGCACCAACCACUGGUGGUGCGACAAGUGCGCUGCUGUGUCUCACCCCGAGCGAUGGGCUUCCGAAAUCAUCACCAAGUCCGACCUCUGGCAGCUGGACCAGGAGGGGGAGGGCAAAUGCGUCUAUAGCAUCGGAGCGUUGGUCCUGUCCUGGGUAAAGAAGAUGUCGGAACUCGACCGUUUCCGUGAAAUGGACGAUGCCAAACUCCCGCCUUUCCCAUGCGGCCGAUUCAGACUGCGCUACGCCGACAUCACUCCCCAAGAAAUCGUCUUCGAUUUGUACAAGGCCAUGGGCGGCCUCUGCCUCGCUUGCUACCGGGAGGGUGUCUACAAGUACGAUGUUUUCUGCCCCAAACACCAGGUUUCCCUUGUGGUGAAAUAG